AUGCCGCGUACUCUAUUGCUUUGUUUUAUCCACGGGUUCAAGGGUACCGAUAAUACCUUUCAUGAAUUUCCCUAUGACCUCAAAAAAGCAGUCGCCAGAGAACUCCCAGACGACAAGAUCGAAUCUGUCGUAUAUCCCAAGUAUGAGACUACUGGCGAAUUGGCUCAGGCCGCUGAGGGCUUUCUAGAGUGGCUCAAGGAGCAGGUAAUGACCAUCCGAAAGAAGAAAUCGGAAAAGCCAUGGCCUCCUCAUGACAGAGAUGUAGGAGUUGUUCUCGUUGCUCAUUCGAUGGGAGGCUUCGUUGCAGCAGAUACCCUGUUCCUAGCCAUCAACGACAGAGCUAACAAUGGAGACGAGAAUGAUCCCUUGUUUCCACUGAUCCAAGGUAUCCUCACGUUCGACACGCCUUACAAUGGUCUGGCCCGCUCCAUGUUUGUCUAUGGGGCUUUCUCCAAUUAUCAAAAAGUCAACAGCGUCUUCAAUGUUAUGACAGCCAUCUCUGCAGCUGCACCUGCUAGUCUUGCAAGACUCAGCGCUCGACGUGCUGCAACAACUGCUGUUACCAGCAGUACACGGGGACCUCAGUGGAAGACAUGGCAGCUCGUAGCUGUCAAAACAGGUACUGUAGGCGCCAUCGCAGCUGGUGGUGUAGCAGCCUACAUGAACCGAGAGGCCAUUAUUCAAGGGAUGAAGAGCAUGAAGAACAUAAACAAAGAGUCUGUUGCCGAAAGCUACCGCCAGGGAAUGGAUGCUCUCGGACAAGGUCUGGCUUAUAUCAACCGCGGUAACGUCGGAAAGUCUUUUGCCUGGCUCUCAGAUCAUGUCACGUUUGUCGGCGCACUCCUCCGACAAAAAGAGCUGAACCGUCGACUCGAACGCAUCGGCUCGCUCAAGGGUGUUGGCAUGCACGACUUUUACUGUUCUCUUGGUGAGAAUGGCUAUUGGAGUGGAGGAUACUUUGUCCCUGAGCGGACAUUCUGUGCUGUUCCUGAGGAGAGCCACUCAGCUUACCCAAUCUUCGAAAGAUGCGUCAUGCCCAAGGCUGAAGAUGAGAUUGAAGCACACCUCAACAUGUUCAGGCCUGAGAGACAUCGAGGCUACGAGGAGAUGACAGAUAAAUCGGCCGAGCUUAUCAAAGAGUGGUUCCUGAGCGAAGAGAACGUUUUUGAUGAUCCGAAAUUCCGCGAGACGCCUCCUGAAGAAACAGAAGAGACGGAGACCACCAAGGAGAUUCUUGAGAAGGAUCCUGGCCAAAUUGAAGGAGACGAGAAGGCUGAGGGCGCAAAUGACAAAGACAGCGACAAUGAUACUGGACUCCCAGACGAAUCACCGCUGGACAUCGCCAACGCCGCCUCCCUCGUGCCCCUCCCAGAUGACAAGGGUGAAGGCAUUGUGGGCGAUGCAGAUAUUGAGGGGGCUGACACGGUUGAGAAGCGAACCUACCUCAACUAUCUCUUCGGCGUGGCUCAGCAAACCGGCGCCGACGCCAAGGGUUGGCUGCCAAACAAGAUUCCGCAGAUGCCAAACCUUCCUAGCAUGCCCAACAUGCCAAGUAUGCCCAAGGUGCCCAGCUCCGUCUCAUCACUGGGCAAUGUUUCCAUGCCCAGCGUGAGAAUCUGGGGAAAGAAGGAUGGUGAAGCUCAGGAAGAAAGCAAAGAGACUCAAGGGAAUGAGAGCCAGGCCGUCGAGGAUAAAGGUGACCAGGGUAGUAAGGAUGGUGCCACAGAAGAAAAUGCCACUGUACCUCAAGAGGGGGGUAAGGAUGGUCCCCAGGAAAGCAUUGGAGACAAUUCCAAGACUGUUCAAAAGGUCAAUGAGGACGCUGAAGAGAAAUCGGAUUAG